AUGGCGUGGAUUGCUUAUUUCUGUCCACCCAUGUCACACCUUGCCGCGAUGAAGUCGCGUCAUCAAACGCCCCUCUUCGUCUCCAACACGGAACUUGACCCGCAGAAGCUCGCCGCAGUCCGUAAGCGCUAUGCCGAGGAAGCAAGCAAGCGGCUCAAGCCGGAGGGAUCUUCACAGUUCGUCCCGUUGACAUCUGCAGACGAGGAGCGGCUACGAUCCCUGGCUGACGAUCCCUGGGUGGCCCACGAAGCCUUGAACGCUAGACCCUCACCCAUCAAGAAUGACGGUCGGUGUCGAUUCUUUGUGCUCGGUGCAGGCUACGGAGGGCUGCAGUUCGCAGUCCGUCUUAUAGAGGAGGGGAUAGCAAGAUCUGACGAGAUACGUCUUGCUGAUGCAGCCGGUGGAUUUGGCGGGACGUGGACUGGAACCGCUUCCCUGGCCUGCAUUGUGAUGUCGAGAGCUAUGUGUACCUGCCGUUGCUUGAAGAGACGGGCCACGGAGCACCGCGAGCCUACUGAGAAUCCGAUCAAGAGGACGUUUAGGGCUGAGAAGAGGGUUGCAGUUGUCGGUACCCCAGCGACGGCUAUCUCCGUUGUCCCAGAAGUCGCAAAGUACGCUGGGGAGCUAUAUGUCAUCCAGCGUACGCCGGCUCCUGUCCGCCCGCGCGGCCAGCACGAGACGAAUCCCAAGGAGUUUCAGACCAAGGUGGCUACGAUGCCAGGCCUGCAGAAUCUGGUCAAUGACGCGUGGACAGAUAUGCCAGCGUACUCGGCCAUCGUUGGCACGCCCAAUCACGGUGUCACAAAAUCCUCGUCAAAAGUGAUUGAGCAUCACGCUGAUGCCUAUCACGCCCUGGACCUACCUCAUAUGGAGAGUGUCCGUGCCAGAGUUGAUGAGCUCGUUCACGAUCCCGAUACGGCCGCCAAGCUGAAACCAUGGUAUCCAUCCUGGUGCAAGCGGCCAAAAUUCAGCGAUACUUACUUGCAAACAUUCAACCGCCCAAACGUGCAUCUAGUCGACACGGACGGCAAGGGUCCGUCGCGCGUGACAGAGACGGGUCUUGUCGUAGGCGAGAAAGUGUACCUCCUCGGCGUUGAAAUCUUUGGGACCGGUUACCAAGCACCCACAGCCGGGAGCGGGAGUCCCGCCGCUCGAACAGGGAUAAAUGUUACUGGGAGACACGGUCAAUCUCUAGACGAGAAGUGGCGGACUAAGGGGGCAGCGAAAUUACAUGGCUAUGCGACAAAUGGAUUCCCCAACCUGUUUUUCUCCGGCACAAGCCAGGCAACCAUUACGGGGAAAAAUGUGUUCAUGCUUGGCUUCAUUGCGCAGCACAUCGCCUAUAUGAUUGGGGAGGGAGAGCGGCGCGUUGGCCGUGGCCAGGGCCUUGGGCAACAGCAGCGAGCCAUCAUUGAGGUCACCCGUGAUAGUGAAGAGGCGCACACGGCGGAGAUCCCUCGCCGGGCUCCGCCGUUCUAUUCUGUUCUUACGGAUGUACGCCCGGGUACUUUAAUGGGCACGGGGAUAGUGCCAAUGUUACGGACCCGGAAGAGAAGGCGAAGAGGGCUAGGGGGGUGA